AUGGCGUCCAAACCAGUGACGCUGCAAGUCAAGCCUCGAGGAAAACGCAUCUCCAAACUGCCCACCGAGACGAGCAUCUACAUCCAAGGCAGCACGGGCGACCUCUACCAACGCAUUGCCGCCGAAUCCAACUUCGACAUCAAUCGCCUCCGCAUUACCACCGAAGAUGGAAAGCUCGUCCCGAACGACAAGCAGACUACGGUUGAGAGCGUGGGUCUUAGAAAUGGCGGCACGAUCCAGGUGAAAGACUUGGGCCUCCAAAUUGCCUGGCGGACCGUCUUCGUAAUCGAAUACCUCGGACCUCUCCUCAUCCACCCGCUCUUCUACAUCCUCCGACCAUACAUAUACUCCAACGCUCCCGCCGAGCCCUCCACCCUACAAUCCCUCUCGUGCCUCCUAAUCUUCCUCCACUUUCUCAAACGCGAACUCGAAACCCUCUUCGUCCACCGCUUCAGCAAUGCCACCAUGCCCGCUUUCAACAUCUUCAAGAACUCCGGCCACUACUGGGGUCUGGGAGGUCUGCUCAUCGCAGCAUUCAUCUACUCGCCCACCCACGCGACUGCUGCACCGAGCAACCCGCUCCUGACACCCAUCGCUCUCGCCUGCUACGUCAUCGGCGAGCUCGGCAACCUCAACACCCAUCUUGUCCUACGUGGUCUUCGCUCCCCUGGUGGUACUGAGCGCGGCGUGCCGAAGGGUCUGGGUUUCGACUGGGUGACUUGCCCGAAUUACAUGUUUGAAGCACUGGCGUGGUUGGGAAUGGUGUUGAUCACGCGAUCGUGGACGACGGUGGUGUUCAGCGCUGUUGCGAUUGGACAGAUGGCGGUCUGGGCGCAGAAGAAAGAGAGGAGAUAUCGGAAGGAGUUGCCUGGGAAGUACCAAAAGAAGAGAUUUGCUAUGAUUCCGGGUAUUAUCUGA